ACACAGACACACAAGUUCAGACUCAGCAGUCUUCUAUUUCUACUCACCACACGUGAAGAUUUGAUUCCAGAUUCUGAACCAGAUCAGUGACCGAUCCGUCAGACAGACGCAAUGACAGCCGGAAGCGCUCCACGAGACAGGUAUAAUGCUGUAUGGAUCAUAUUCUUCAUUCUGGGCCUGGGAACUCUGCUGCCAUGGAAUUUCUUCAUGACUGCUACCAUGUACUUCACCCAGCGUCUGAAGGACCCACAGACCCAUGGAGAACACAAUCAGACAGUCAACGGGUCGGUGGUGAUAGAGGGUGACACCCGUAACGUCCUGGAGUCAAAGUUCAACAACGUGAUGACGCUGUGUGCCAUGGUACCGCUGCUCAUCUUCACCUGCCUCAACUCCUUCAUCCACCAGAGGAUUCCUCAGAAGUUGAGGAUCUCAGGCAGUCUGUCUGUCAUUUUCGUGGUGUUUCUCAUCACAGCUGUGCUUGUGAAGGUGGAGAUGGAGCCCCUGCCGUUCUUCGCGUUCACUAUGAUCAAAAUCAUCUGCAUCAACUCGUUCGGAGCCAUUCUGCAAGGGAGUCUGUUUGGUUUGGCUGGAAUGCUCCCAGCGUCCUACACUACGCCCAUCAUGAGCGGACAGGGCCUGGCAGGGGCGUUUGCGGCCUUCUCCAUGAUCUGUGCGCUCGCCUCGGGCUCAGCGUUACAGGACAGUGCCUUCGGCUACUUCAUCAUUGCCUGUGUGGUCAUUCUCCUGGCCAUCGUCUCUUACCUCGCUCUGCCUAAAAUGGAGUUUUUCCAGUAUUUCUCUGAGAGCAGUGGCUCUCGAUCCAGCGCUGAUCAGGAAAACAAGAUGGAUUUGCUUAAACCAGAAGGUCAAAGAGAGAAGAGCCUGACUGAUGAAGAGAGCAGACCCGCCGUGUCAGUGUUUGGCAUCUUCAAACAGAUCUGGGUGAUGGCUCUUUCUGUGUGCUUCGUGUUCGCUGUCACCAUCGGUAUCUUCCCAGCCGUCACUGUUGAGGUGAAGACCACUGUUGUUGAAGAGGGGAACGGUUGGGAUACUUACUUCAUCCCUGUGUCCUGCUUCCUCCUGUUUAACAUGAUGGACUGGGUCGGCAGGAGCCUGACUGCUGUCUGUAUGUGGGUACGUGUGUGUGUGUGUGUGUGUGUGUUAAUCAGGGUCAGACAGGGACUCUCAACACGAGUUGUGAAUGCUUUAUUAAGGCUCUAUCCUGUUAAGAUGUGUUUUUUAUCUGAAAAAAGAGCAGAGCAGGAAAAACACUGUUGAGUAGUUUCUUUAGAAAAUGUUUAAAGGUGCUGUAGGGAACUUUUGUAAAAAAAUAUUUUUUACAUAUUUGUUAAACCUGUCAUUAUGUCCUGACAGUAGAAUAUGAGACAGAUAAUCUGUGUAAUAAAUCAAGCUCCUCUGGCUCCUCCCAGUGCUCCUAUUGCCAUUUGCAGAAACUCCAUCGCUCCCGGUAAAAUACAACCAAUCAGAGCUGCGGUCCGUAACUUUGUUUGUGUUCAAAAUGUAGAAAAAUGAACAUAAUAAGCGAGUACACCAUGAAUCCAUUUUCCAAACCGUGUUUUUAGCUUGUCCUGAAUCACUAGGGUGCACCUAUAAUAAGUGUUUAUAUUCGGACUAUUUUAGAUUGCUUCGGGGGUACCGCGGCGGAGUAACCCAGUACCUUUGUGAUUCUUCAUAGACAUAAACAGAGAGAAGUAGUUCCGGCUACGAUGUUCUGACGCAAGCAGUUCUGUUUAUUAACCGCUAGAGCGUCAAAAGUUCCCUACCGCAGCUUUAAAGAGCAGUGACCGAAAUCAUGUGACUUCAUAUAUUAUGCGGAACAGAUUGCUUUUUCCAAACAGGGACCACAGGCUGUCAAGCUUCAUAAAGUACCAUCUUCUGAAGUCCUAUGAUGGCUUUGUGAGCGGAACAGACUGAAAUAUGUUAUUAACCAAAAAUCUGUUGCAACUAUUUAUUUUCAUUCAUGCCGUUUUAAUCUGUUCCUAAUACCAAAACUAUUUUCAUGACUAAUGUUACAGUACUUUUUUAGUUAUAUAUGGCUGCAAAAAUCAUAAUUGGUGAUUAUUCCCUUGAAAUU